CUGUAUCAUGACAAACGGUUUCAGUUAGACCCACUGUUCCCAUUAGUAGCGUUCAAUCAGGAGCAAAUCAAGAAGGCUUCCCUUGGUGGUUAUCUUCUAUCGGAGAAAAAAAUAUUUGCGUCGGUGUCAAGACGUGUAGCCUCAUUGGACUUAGGUGUGUUGGAUGGAUUGAUUGACAAACUCAAGCAAGGCUCUUACGGUGAUGACAGCAGCCAACCAGAGAAAGACUGUUAUAGGCUGCUGAGCGACCUUGAUCAUGUAGCUGGCAAGGUCAAAGGAUCCAGGACCACACAGAAAUGGAAGAGGAACGAGGCUUGGUCUAUGAUAACUCACCUUGGCGCACCUAGUUGGUUCAUUACCAUAGCUCCAGCUGAUCAAAACAGUCCUCUCUGUUUGAUGUUUGCCUCACCGGAGGGAAAAGACCAAUUCAAAGUAGACUUGCUGGAUCCGUCGGACAAGGUUCGAAUGGUUGGCCGAAACCCGGUCGCCAGUGCAAGGUUUUUCAAUAUUGUUGUAUCUUUAUUCAUCAAACAUGUGCUAGGACAUGGGUCAGGUCAUGACGGUAUUUUUGGUAGAACGGCUGGAUUUUAUGGUACGGUGGAACAA